GUGUGACUGCUGUUUAUUGCUGGCAACAAACUCAAAGAGAUGUUAAGCUCUGACACACCAAAAGUGGUCAUGAUCUGAGAAUGCGUGCGGAUGUAUGGUGUGUAUUUUGAUACCGUGCUGCGUGUUUCUGAGCUGAAAUGCCAGGCUUGUAUCACCUUUCACUCUUGGGCCUCAUAUCCCAAGAGGGAUGUUAACCAGUCACAUUAGACACUUGCUAGCAUGCUGGCGAGACGGGGAGAGACGGGACUCCUGUACCACGCUACCUGCACUCAUACAUAUUCUACACAUGGAUAAAUCAAUUUUUUACUUGCCAAGGAGUAAGGGUUGCUGAAUCUUAAUGAUAUGUCUUUCAGGACUGUGUGACAUCAAGACACCACAAGAAGGAGAGAUCUUCAACAUGAACACAGACAGUGGAGGACAUGUCCGCAAAAGUGCCACGCUUUCACUCACUCUAACCCCCAUGAAGAGAAUCCAGAGCUCACCAAACCUAUACACGCUCACAGACUCUGAAUCACAAUCUAAAGAUUCAGAUUUGUGGAGGCCCGGCAGCAGCACCAGUGAUGUUCUGAGAAAUAGUGACGUGUGCUCUUCUUCUCUGGCAGCUAAAGGCUACAGAAGUGUCAGGCCCACCUUUCAGGAUAAAAAGUCUACCACACCAGCACAAGAACAUAGUGCCCACUCCAACAGACUGCUGUCCACAGAGGACAAAACCUCAUGCUCUUUACAAGCAGAGCAGACCUACUCACACCCUCCAUCCUGGGAGCUGGAGAGACAUGUAGCUUCCGUCUCCAUCCGCAUUAACCCUAGGCCUCAGAUAUCAGGACGGCGCUCCCAGACAAGGUCUUUGAGACCCCCUACCCCUCCUAAAAGGAUGGACCUUUUGGAUAGCCGCUCAUUCCCCUGCCCUCCACUGCCACCUACAGCCCCUCCAGUGCCUGAGGUGCCAGCCUUCCUCAAACAAACCUAUCCCGGAAAAGCACUGUCCUCACAGUCACCACUUAUCCGGCUCAGACUCUCCCUCGGUUUCAUCAGAGCUGACCUUCACCCUGAGACCCCUUCUCCAGGCCCUCCCUCUCCCGGCCCGGAGCCUCCGCUGGGGCAGUGCCGCUACUCUUCCUGCACUCAGAACGAAGCGUCCACAGCAGUGCUGGAGGAGUUGAGGGUGUGUGGACUAGGCCCAGAGGCUGGCUCUCAUACCCCUUCUCCAACCCUCAGCCCGAUGAGUGCAGUCACAGUCAACAUGGGGUUACACUCCCCUCCAGCUGGCACCGCUCAUGGCCAGAUGACUGUGAACGGGGGUCUGAGUGUGCCAGCAAGUCCUCAUAGUCACUUCCAAAGACCCUUCUCUCCUUCAACAUACCCCCCUCCUCCUUCUCUGAGCCCUAGUAUUACAGCCAUGCAGCAGGCUAGACGCACUGCCUCUGAGUCUAGAACUCCGAUCUACGCCAACGUGGAUCCUCCCGCACGAGCGCCACAGACUGACAGGAAAGAAACAACAGGGAAAUCUCCGCUCUAUACUGGAUUCAGUCCUGUGGAUGAGUCUGGGAUUCCCAUUGCCAUACGGACGACUGUUGACAGGCCAAAAGAUUGGUACAAGACCAUGUUCAAACAGAUUCAUGUGGUGCCUAAACCAGAGAACGAAUGGUUUGGGUCUCAUACUGCCACAGAUCCUGUUACAAGUACUGGUGCAACUAUUUCCAAACAAGAUAAGCAUGCUCCACCUAAUGCUGUUGAGGCCCAUCCUGCACCAAAAACCAGCACCUACCGGCCCAUCACCAAGAGUGUCUCUGAUAAUGGCGGAUACGGUUUCAGGAUGCCUGCCUCCUCUUCUCUCCCUUCUCAUCUACCCACAUCAGCAUCCACACAGCAGAGAUCCAAUGAAAGGGAGGCACCACAGAGAGGCAGGAGCACACCUGACAUGAAUGAGUGGGGGCCUCCAGACAGAAAGGUGGACACACGGAAAUACAAAGCAGAGCCGAGAAGUAUCUUUGACUAUGAGCCGGGAAAGUCAUCUAUUUUAGAGCAAGAGAGAGCAACAAGUAACUUAAGGCCAGAGGACUUAGAUUUAGAAAAUGAGCCGUGGUAUAAGUUCUUUGCUGAACUGGAGCUUGGGCGGCCGCCUCCAAAAAAACAUAUCGAUUACAAUCCAGAGAGCUCGCCUCGAUUCCGAUCGGAGACCUCCCUUUUUCAGCCAUCCACACACAGGAGCCUUGAAAGGCCAUCAUGUCACAGUGAUAACAAGAGACGGAAAUCUGAACCUGCAGCCGCUCAGCCCAGGGUUCAGAGCAGUGUGGGCACAACACAAACGUCUGUCAGACUACAAGAGCUACCCAGGAGCAGCAGCACCCAGAGGAAUCCCCUCACCAGCCCCAGCUCCCCCACCGCCAUCUGGACUAAAGGUGGGGAUGUGAGCAAUAUGCACACAGCACAUUUAAAUGGUAAAAAUCCAAACCGUGCUACCUCAGAAUCCACAUAUCAAAAGAAAGGGCAAAAUGAGAACAGUUUCAUGGCUGUCUCAGAAGGCUUCUCCAGCCUCCCUGAAGGCUGGAAAACAACACAAGAGCACCCAGAAGACUGGAUGAUCUCAGAAGAGACCACAUCUAAACUCAAAUCCUGGAGCUGUGAUGACCUUCUCUCUGAUGGGAGGGGAAGGAAAGUGCGGACCCAUUUGGAAAGCACCGGCUCCUUGUUGCACAACAGUGAACUAGAGGCAUCACAGUGCAGUGACGCCCAAGAGUCUGAGGAUCAUAGGGAGAGGACAAGGCACCGCUCUGCUCACGAUGCACCAGGCUUCCUCAAACUCUACAAAAAGAUGCAUCACAUCAACCGUCAAGAGCUGAUGAACUCUACGGUGAUAUGCUCAGUCAAAGCCAGGAUCCAUAAGUAUGAGAGCAAACAGCGGAAGGACAGAUGUACUGGCAACAAGAGCUAUAAGGAAGAGGUGCCUAGGGACAUGGUGCACAACAGGAUUUCUGAAUUUGAGAGUCUGAUCCAGAAGUCUAAAUCCAUGCCAAAUCUUGGGGAUGAGUGCCUGAUCAGGGGUUCUUGGAGAAGGGGCAGCAGCCCCAAGCGUAGCCUUUCUAUUGAGUCAUUACUGGACGAAGAACCACUAGCCAGAAAUCCUCCUGAAGGACGCCCUCAAUACCCCAAGAUAAAAACCAAUGUGCCAAUCCACAUUCAAGUCACCAGUGACCAAUUACAAAACUCUACCAUGCAACACGACUACUCAGACAGUGAGCAUGAUGCUGUAGUGUCUGAUCUUAGUGACUUCAUCCAGAUUGAGGGCUCAUCCUUCUGUAGCGAGAGGGAGUUUGACGUGUGUUCAUUUGCCUCCUCCGAGAGCUUCUGCGGACUGGGGCACCACCAUAAUUAUCACAGGCAGCUUGUGAGCUCUUGCAAGAGCCGCUGUCCAGCUUCCUACACACGCUUCACCACUAUGAUCAAGCACGAGAGGGCCAAGCAGGACCGGAGGCAACAUUUGCGUGUAGAAGAAUCUGAGUUUGGUCUCAGCAAGCUCGCCUUCCUGGUCAGCCCAGUGCCUUUCCGCCGGAAGAACCUGUCACCUUUGAGUUGUUCCCGAGUGCCAAACUCCAAGAGCUGUAUGUAUGAGGCUCUAGAUUCGGCCCUGAAAGACAUCUACGACCACGUCUGCACUGAGAAGCACAGGGGUAACUUGCCAGACAACAACAUUCUUCAUAGAUUGCUGGUGGAGUUGCUUCCUGACAUUCCUGAGAGGAAUUCAUCCCUGCACGUGCUGGGGAGAAGCAGCCCUACAAUUCAGCCUCGCUCUUACCACCCGCAGCCUGACGGCAUGUCCAGCCAGGACACUCACCAAUCCGAGUACUCACGCCUGUCCCAUAGUGCCUCUCACAACCAUAUAGACAGCAACAACAACCAGAGGAAACACAACUUUGAAUACUGCUAUCAAGAUCAGGACACAUCCAGAGAAUACUCAUACCCUGACGUGGGCCGCCACACACCUCAGAGCAGGAAACAAACUUCUGAUGUCAGAGAGAAACUGCCAGCCAGAGCAAUAUAUGACUUCAAAGCACAGACAGCAAAAGAGCUAGCGUUUAAGAAAGGAGAAAUGGUGUACAUCACUCGGCAGAUAGAUAAUAACUGGUAUGAAGGAGAACACCGUGGACACAUGGGCAUCUUCCCCAUUUCAUAUGUGGAGAAAAUCCCUCCUUCAGAGAGACAUCAGCCAGUGAGACCUCCACCACCAGCCCAAAGCAAAGAAAUUGGAGAAGCAAUUGCCCACUACAACUUUAAUGCUGAUACUAAUGUGGAACUUUCAUUAAGAAAAGGCGAGCGUAUUGUUCUGUUGCGGCAGGUGGAUAAGAACUGGUUCGAGGGCAAAAUCCCAGGUACGAACAAACAAGGGAUUUUUCCUGUGUCGUAUGUGGACGUCGUUAAGAAGACUUCAGUACAAAGUACCGGUCAACCUCCUGGGCCCAGUAUACCCACCAGCUACUCCAGUGACAGACUGAACAGUAAGUCAUCAUCUGCACGUACCCUCUUCAGCUCUCCAUCCCCAUCUGUCCGUCCACUCUCCUCAUCCUCUCCCAGUCCACAGAGAGCCGCACACCUUCAGGCCCUCACCAGCGAGUGGUUGGCCCUUACUCUGGGUCUGUCUCCUUCAGGAACCCCUGCCCCAACACCUCCUCCCUUCCCUUCCAAUUUCCAGCCAUACUAUGAAGUAUUGGAUUCUGCCAUCUCCUCUUCUCCCGCCUCCUCCAUGCUGGGCUGCUCUCCUGCCCUCACACCCCGCACCUUCACUCCUGCGCUCAAAGAGGGUCACUUCAUUCCCAUCACCUCACAAAAGUCCUACAUGUCCCCUGAUCCCAGCCCUUACCUCACCUCUGCCUCCUUCACUCCUUCGCCCACCUCACCCAUAUUUGACUCCAGCCCCAGGUCUAGCAGUGCCAUAGACAUCCUCUCCAGCCAAAAAGCAGAUUUAGCUGAGAAAGAACUGCAGUUGGUCUCGGAUAACAAAGACCUCCACAAACCAGAUGGGACAGGCCCCGCUAAAUUGCAUUGUCCUAUUGACUUGGUUGUUUUAGAGGCACACAAAUCCCCAUUGGACUUUCUUCCACCUAAAGACCCUGAAGAUGAUCUGUGUGAGGAGUUAGUGUCAAUUAUCAAGGCCAGCCAAUCAAAUGGCACGUUCAAAAAAGAGGAGGGAUUUUAUCGCCAGGAACCAGAUAUAACAGAAAAGCUUCCCAGACUGUUUAUAGAGGAGGAGCCGAAUGAAGACAGAAGCUUCUUAAAUGAACCAUUGACAUCAAAAACAUUUACUCCAGUCCAGACUGCCCAUAGUGAGGGGUCAGAUAUCGAGCAAGGUGAAGUUUCCCAGACUGCCUCUCCAUGUCUCUCUCCCCUGUCCUCACAGAUGUCAUUGCCGUUCACACUGCCCUCAUCGACUAAAUACUCUCCCCCUUCCCUGCGCUCCACCCCCCCUCUGCCCGGGGUUUCACAGUCGCCCCCUCCCUUUGCAAAACUGUUCUCUCGACAUGACCUCCGCUCCCCAAAGGUCAAGUCUGUGCUUAGGCGUGAUGUUGUGGUUGUUGGUAAGCCUCCUCGUAGCCCUGUGAUGUCUAGGAGGUCCUGCGGAUCUCCGGUUAGAGGUCAAAACUUUUCACCAUCUCAUAGGUCCCACAGACAAGCAUAUGUUCAUGAUCCGCUUCAAGGUACAGGGGAACCAUUUCAAGCCCUGUAUAACUACAUGCCACGAAAUGAAGAUGAGCUGGAACUGAAAGAGGGCGAUGUUGUCGACGUCAUGGAGAAGUGUGAUGAUGGAUGGUUUGUGGGAACGUCCAAGAGAACCAAGUUUUUUGGAACCUUUCCUGGGAACUAUGUGAAGCAGCAAUAAAUGGACUUUUCCAGUACACGUCUCUGAUGGUCCAACAUCUACUGAAGAGAGAUAGACAAUGUCACCUACAGCUUCCUGCUGGAAUUAGCAUGACAUGUUCCAGUCAUUAACCUGUGGAAAGUAAUGAAACUGAUGAAAAGCCAAUGGCCUUUAUGUCAUUUGGUUCAAACAUGAUAAUUACAUUCUAAAACCAUUUCAUUAAUUAAAAUAUUCGGUUGCGUAAAUUUUUCCUCAUAGCUGAAAAUAAAAGAGUUUGCUUGCCUUCUAGUUACGCUGAAGAAUUUCGACAUAAUGAGUAAUCAAGUGCCCUAUUUAUUUAUACUC